AAGAUCGAUCAUCAAAAGCAGAUAGUGAAACUGCUAAAAGAAGAAAAUACUGCCAAUGAUGUCGAAGCACAAACUUUAAGAUUAACGAAAGUGAGACUAAGUCUUUCUGGAAAAACUGAUGAAUACUCAAUGCCAGAAGAUCAAUGGGAACAAACUCAAAUAGUAAAAUCUCAAUUAAAAGUUGGUGCUCAAGAUAGAAUAAAAGAAGAGGAUGAUUAUAGAUAUGUUUUUGAUGAUCAAGCCAUUGAUUUUCUUGAUUGGGAUUGGAAAUCGAAUGAUAAAGAAGAUGAAAUAAUGGCUAAAAUUGAUGAAGCUGAACGAAAGGUUAUACCAAAGGUGGGAAAAAUGAGUGUUGCCGCUCGUGUAGCAGAAGAAAUGGGUGUAAAACUUGGGUAUGAGGUCGGAUACGCGAUUAGGUUCGAGGAUU